AUGGGCUGGAAUAAGAGGAAGUUCACCAACAUGGAUCGCAUGUUGGCAAAGAGAUAUGUGAAAAACGUCAAAAGACUGAAGGAGGAGACCAGCCUCCUUGAAGAAAAGCAGGCAGAGCUGGACAUCAACGACACUGUGCUUCAGGAGUGGACUGCUGAGGUUCAGGGUUCAGGGCAGAGCUGGACAUCAACGACACUGUGCUUCAGGAGUGGGCUGCUGAGGUUCAGGGCAGAGCUGGACAUCAACGACACUGUGCUUCAGGAGUGGGCUGCUGAGGUGCAGCAGUGGCCUGAAGCCACACUUCAGGAUAGUCAGACUGGGCAUCUCCAGAAGAAGAUUGAGGGGCUUUACCUCAGUGUGAAACAGAGGGAAUACUACCUCUACCGUUUGACAGACGGCAACAAGAGGAGGCAUCAGAUUCUGAGAAAAAUAGUUGAGGACAAAGCAGCCUUGACAACUGCCAUUGUUCAACUUCACGAGCAGCAGGCAGAGUUUAGGCUCCCCACAGUGGAUGAGCUGCUCAAUACUGACAACUUUGUGUGGCCAUGGCAGAGACUUGGCACCAGCAACAGCCAUCUUGCCAUCAAAAAGGCAAUCUUCGACAGACUGAUGUUGGUGAACAGACUGCAGGAGGAAGAGUGGAUCCUGGGGCAGGAGAUGAAGAGGCACUGGGGGAGCCUACAAAGAGCAAGGGGAACUCUGGAGGCACUGGGGCAGGAGAUGAAGAGGCACUGGGGGAGCCUACAAAGAGCAGCGGGAACUCUGGAGGCACUGGGGCAGGAGAUGAAGAGGCACUGGGGGAGCUUACAAAGAGCAGCGGGAACUCUGGAGGCACUGUCCCAACAGCUGCAAGAUCAGAAUGCCGUUCUAACUAACCUCCCUGACUCUGGACUUCACCACUGUCUCCACUGUUCUUACAGAGUUCCUAUACUUGCAUUCUGAAAUAUGAAAAAUAAAUGUUUUAUUUUA